UUCGAAUUUUUGCAAGCCUGAAAUGUCUAAUUCAAAUUCAAAUUUGAGCAAACCUGUUCCCAAAUUACUGAGAGAAGAUCUUAUUUCUCCUGAAAUAGAGACGGAUUCUUCUCAGAUGCUUCAGGUGUAAAAACUCCUUUCCCUCCCCUACUCCUUCUCCCAACUCAGCUGCUUCCUCUCCUGAUGCCUCAUCAUCCCCUGUCCCUUCUCCCAUCUCAUGACAAACAUCAGCCCUGAGAAAACUUCAUACUGCCUUGGUAAGCUCUCAAACAACGACCAUACCAGUUCCUUCUCAUCAACAGUCAAACAAAUCAAAAGAAACAGAGAACACAGACUGAGUCCUAUGAAAUACUUUUCCCCUUAAGUGUAGUGCCCACAAUAGAACAAGCUGUGGGUGUGGUAAAUUUAAGACAAUAUUCUCUUUUCAUACCCCAGGACAUAAAAGAAUUUAAAAGAGAUCUGGCUAGCUUUGAAGAUGAACCAAUAGCUAUAACAAAAAAGAUGGCCAAUAUAUUCUUCCAGAAUGAUCCUUCCUAUAAGGAUGUUGAAAAUUACAUCAGGUCUUUCUAACAGAAUGUGAGAGAAAUAACAUCAUCUCUGAGGUUAACAAAGCUGAAGGGCACAAUGUAGUACACUGGCCACCUCAAGAUCCUCUUUGGGAAUAUAAUGUUCUUGCAUAAUACUUACAAUUAAACAAUGCUAGGGAAACUAUUCUCAAGGCAAUGCGAGAAUGUCCUGCAAGACCAGAUGUUUGGACAAAAUUUGACCACCUUAUGCAAUCUAAUGAUGAGACCCCCUCCCAAUUUAUGGAUCAGUUUAUUGAGUUGGGAGGUCAGUACCUGGAUCUGGACCUUUCUACUGAAAGGGAUAUCAGACAAAUUUGGCAUCAAUUUGUUAAUAAUUCUUGCAGGGUGGUUCAAGACUAUUUUAAAACACAUUGUCCAAAAUGGCUAGAAAUGGAUCUGGAAGAGUCGAAAAUUAGGGUUUUGAUUUCCAUUAUUUCUAACUAUAACUGCCUGCCCCAAAAGUUUUAGACUACUAAAACUACCAUUAGUAUUUAAAUAUUAUUGGACUGGAGGUGGAGUCAUGAUGGCAGUGUAGAGAUAGCGAAAUUUCAGACCUCUAAAAACCCUUCCUUACCAAUUACAAACUAAAUGCUCCUAGGGGUCUAAAAAUCAAACCUAACAACAAGACAGAGGCAAGGACCCUCCUGCUGGACUCAAUUCAAAAGGUAAGCCCCGCAAAAGCCGGAAUUAGAGAACACUAGGGUUUAAGUUGAAGGCAGAAGGAAGGUCCCAGGACUCUUCCCCCCCACCCCCCCUCACCUAGAGCUCUAAGCCUCCAGCAUCAGUGGGAAGCUCUGGGUUGGCAAAGGCACUGGUCUGGAGGGAGUACACUGUGGACACGGCUGUGCCAGGCUCAGAGCAUCAAACACAGCUGGUGGGGAAGGAGCUGGGGAGGGAGCACAGAGCGGGCAGCCUGAUCACAGCGGCAGAGACCUUCCAUAUUGCUCCUGCUGUCCAUGAGAUUUUAGCCUCAGAGCACAUCCAGGCCAACCCAGAUGGAUUUAAUCCCAUCAAAAGUCUUCAGAGCUCAGAGAAGCUCAAACUCCAACAACCCUCCCUCACAGGCUGCACUGAGAGAUCUCCUGGAAAAGCUUCAAGAGGGGAGACUGAAAGAAAACACCAAAAUCAAAAAAAUGAGAGGAGCAAGAGCACAGACAACUGCAGGAAGUAAAGAAGGGGUAAAUAAAAGCAAACAACAGAAAAAGAAAAAAGACAGCUUCUAAACAGGCAAUGAACAAAGAGCAAAUGGAACAGAGGAGGAGGGAACAGCAAGCAAUGAACCAGAAAACCUAGCGAAUUGGAUACAGGCUUUGAAAGAACUCAAAAUACAAUUCAAAACACAAUUAAGAGAGGCUGAAGACAAAUGGAAAAGAAAUUAAAAACUAAGAUAAGUCAUCUGGAAAUUAAAAAAAAUAGUGUCUUGAAAGCCAAAAUCAACCAGCUUGAAAAUGAGGCAAAGGAGAUGAAACACAAGGCAAAGAAGAUGAAAGAUAAGGCAAAGGAGAUGAAAGAUGAAGAGGAUGAAAGAUGAGGCAAAGGAGAUAAGAGAUGAGGUAAAGAGAUGAUCUCCAAAGAAAAUCAGACCAGAAGGAUAAGGAUGACCAAAAAGCCAGGAAUGAAAUCCAGUCUUAAAGCUCUAGAAUACAACAACUAGAAUUAAGUGACAUCACAAGGCAGCAGGACACAAUAAAACAAAACCAAAAGAAUGAAAAAACUGAGGAAAAUAUGAAGCACCUCAUUCACAAAACAGAAGAUUUAGAAAAUCAUUCCAGGAGAGACAACUUAAGAAUAUUGGUCUACUAGAAGACCAUGACAAAAGAAAAAGUCUGGACACCAUAAUACAGGAUAUUAUCCAAGAAAACUUCCCCAACAUUCUAGAACAAGAGGAAAAAGUAGAGAUUGAAAGAAUUCACAGAUCACCUCCUGUACUUAAUCCCCAAAUGACAACACUCAGGAAUGUUAUAACCAAAUUCAAGAACUAUGAGAUCAAGGAAAAAAUAUUACAGGCUUCCAAGAAGUCAUUCAGAUACCAUAGAACCAUAGUGAGAAUAACACAGGAUCUGGCUACAUCUACACUGAAGGACCAAAAGGCAUGGAAUAUGAUAUUCCAGAAAGCAAGGGAACUAGGUCUACAACCAAGAAUCAACUACCCAGCAAAAAUGACUAUAUUCUUAUAGGGGAAAGUAUGGUCAUUCAAUACAAUAGAAGAAUUCCAAGCAUUUGUAAAGAAAGACCAGAACUGAACAGAAAAUUUGAUGCCCAAGCACAGAACUCAAAAGAAUCAUCAAAAGCUAUAUGGAGUCCACUGAAAGUAAAGAGAUGUUCCAAAAGUAUGGUGAAAUGUUUACAUUGUUAGAAAAGUAUGAGACAAAACUUUAUGAUAGCUGGUGCCAGACAGUGUCAGAGAAGUCACAAUACAAUCUCACUCAGCCACUCCUCUGUCAUGAUCCAGAAACUAAGCAGAUCAUUGUCAACUUUAACCCACAGCUGAUUUCUGUGUUGAGAGAAGUGAAUUAUCUCAAAAUGAGACAGAAAAGACACAUUCCUGAGACAGCAGCAGAAAUCUUUUCCUCAAGGGAGUAUUAUAGGCAACUAAUUGCCAAUUUAGAACUGAUGAAAAAUUGGUACAACAAGAUUUUGAAAACUAUGCUAGAAGUGGAGUUUCCAUUGGUAGAAGAGCAGCUGCUGAUUAUUGACCUCCAACUAAGAACAGCAGAGGAGAAACUGACGUGGAAGACAGAAGGUGUUUGGGAUUAUAUUAUAAAAAUCACUACUAGUGUACAUGAUCUUGAGCAAAGGAUUCAGAAGACAAAAGAUAAUGUAGAUGAGAUUCAGAAUAUCAUGAAAACUUGGGAAUCUCCUAUUUUUAAGAGGAAAGAUGGAAAAAAAGAAUCUCUUCUUUAUCUAGAAGACCAUCAAGAACAACUGGAGAAAUAUUAUGCUUUUAUCAAAGAGUGUGGCCUUAAGAUCCAUGCCCUUGUUCAGGAAAACAUGAAACUCUUCCUUGCAGAUCCAGCAUCCAGUAUGUGGAAGGCAUACAUUGACUACCUUGAUAACAUGGUUCUUCAUGGAUUCUUCAUUGCUAUUGAAUCUUCUCUAAAUUAUCUCCUGGAAAAUACUGAUUCUAAGAACAGACUUCCUCCCUUUUUUGAAACACAAUUGGAUCUAGUUAUACCAGAACUGAUCUUUUGUCCCUCUCUGGACCCUUUUGCUAAUGGUGGUUUUCAAAGCAUUGUGGAGGGACUUAUCAAUGACAUUUUCAAAAUAUCUUCUAUGGUCCCACGACUUGCACAGAAAAGUUCCCCUCAUUAUCAGGCUGACAUGGAGGACACAGAAGAUCUGUCAAACCUGAGGAAUAUAUUAAUGGAGAGAGUCAAGAAUAUGAUGACCAUCUGCUGUGACUAUCGGAACUCCUUUGACCAUUACUCUUUCCUUUACAUGGAUGACCGAAAGGAAUUUAUGCGACAAUUUCUUUUAUAUGGACAUAUGCUCACACCAGAGGAUUUAGAAGCCCAUGGAGAAGAUGAGAUCCCUGAAAAUCCUCCCACUCUUCAGCAAUUUAAAUUGCAGAUUGAUUCCUAUGAAAAGAUUUAUGAAGAGGUGAACCAGCUAGAGCCUUUCAGAAUUUUUGACAACUGGAUGAAAAUUGAUAUUCGUCCAUUUAAGAUGACUCUACUAAAUGUAAUUAAGAGAUGGAGCUUCAUGCUUAAACAGUAUCUCAUUGAUCAUGUCACUCACAGUUUGGCAGACCUUGAAGUCUUUAUAAGAAAUGGUGAGAGUGGUUUAAACAAGAAGAUAGAAAAAGGUGAUUUUGCUGGUUUGGUUGAAAUUAUGAGAACUCUAAUGGCUCUUAAAGAACGACAGAGCAGCACUGAUGAGAUGUUUGAGCCACUGAAACACACAAUUGAUUUACUGAAGAUCUAUGAACAAGAAUUACCUGAUUCAGUAUUUAAACAGCUAGAGGAAUUGCCAGAAAAAUGGAGCAACAUAAAGAAGAUGGCAGUCAUUGUAAAACAGCAUGUAGCUCCCCUGCAGGAAGAUGAAGUAACAGCUCUCCGUCAAAAAUGUGCCAUUUUUGCUAUUGAACAGAAUAUAUUCCAAGAUCAGUUCCACAAAGAAGCUCCUUUCAGGUAUGAUAGCAUUAAGCCUCACCAAGUCUUGGAUGCCAAAAACAUUCAAAUCCAACAGAUGGAAUCUUUCAUGUCCUCCAUUUCAGACUCUACAAAUUUGUUUGAAGUCAACAUUCCUGAUUACAAACAUUUAAAACAAUGCAGGAAGGAGAUCUGCUUGUUGAAGGAGCUUUGGGAUAUGAUUGACCUAGUGAAUUUUAGCAUCAAUAACUGGAAGGUAACCAAAUGGAGGAAUAUUAAUGUAGAGAAUAUGGACUUAGAAUGUAAAAGUUUUGCCAAACAAAUAUGGAAACUUGGCAAGGAUGUGAGAGCCUGGGAUGCUUUCAUGGGGCUGGACAACACUCUGAAGAACAUCCUAACAUCCUUACGGGCUGUGUCUGAACUUCAAAAUCCAGCCAUAAGAGAGAGGCACUGGAACCAGCUGAUGCAGGCUACAGGUAUGAAAUUCAUCAUGAAUGAUGAUACCACCCUUGAAGACUUACUUAAGCUUGAGCUACACAACUUUGAAGAGGCGAUCCAGGGCAUUGUAGACAAAGCUGUGAAAGAGAUGGACAUGGAAAAAGUUCUAAAGGAACUAAAAGCCACUUGGGCAGGGAUGGAAUUUCAUUAUGAGCCCCACCCCCGGACAAUGGUCCCACUGAUGAGGUCUGAUGAAGACCUUAUUGAAACUCUUGAAGAUAACCAAGUCCAGCUGCAGAAUCUAAUGACAUCCAAGUACAUAGCCUUCUUCCUGGAGGAAGUAUCUGACUGGCAGAAGAAGCUCUCAAUAGCUGAUGCUGUCAUUUCAAUCUGGUUUGAAGUACAGCGUACAUGGUCUCAUCUUGAAAGCAUUUUCAUUGGAUCUGAAGAUAUACGAGCACAGCUUCCUAAGGACUCUAAACAUUUUGAAGACAUUGAUACUGAUUUUAAAGAGUUAGUUUGUGAUGCUCAGAAGACACCAAAUGUGGUAGAAGCUACCAACAAACCAGGUGUUCAUGAACAAUUAGAAGAUAUUCAGAACAGGUUGAGCCAGUGUGAGAAAGCCUUGACUGAAUAUCUAGAUACCAAGAGACUGGUCUUCCCCAGGUUUUAUUUCCUCUCCUCUUCCGACCUUUUAGACAUCCUUUCCAACGGCACAAAUCCACAACAAGUUCAACGCCAUCUUUCUAAGUUAUUUGACAGUAUGGCUAGGAUGAAGUUCCAGGUGGACUCCAGUCAAAAACCAACCAAGAAAAGCCUCGGCAUGUAUAGCAAAGAGGAAGAGUAUGUGAAUUUCAGUGAGCCUUGUGACUGUAGUGGCCAGGUUGAACUCUGGUUGAAUAAUGUGCUCAAUCACAUGAGGGCCACCGUGAGACAUGAAAUGACAGAAGGUGUCACUGCCUAUGAAGAGAAACCUAGGGAACAGUGGCUCUUUGACUACCCUGCUCAGGUGGCCUUGACAUGUACCCAGAUCUGGUGGACCACUGAGGUGGGAAUUUCCUUUGCCAGGCUGGAAGAAGGAUAUGAAAGUGCCAUGAAGGACUAUUAUAAGAAACAAGUUACCCAACUGAACACCCUGAUCACCAUGCUAAUUGGCCAGCUCUCCAUGGGUGACCGUCAAAAAAUCAUGACCAUCUGUACUAUUGAUGUGCAUGCUCGAGAUGUAGUUGCCAAGAUGAUCUCUCAGAAGGUAGAGAACACUCAGGCUUUUCUCUGGAUGUCCCAGAUGCGCCAUCGGUGGGAUGAUGAGAAAAAGCACUGCUUUGCCAAUAUUUGUGAUGCUGAAUUCCUGUAUUCCUAUGAGUACCUGGGUAACACACCUCGCCUGGUGAUUACCCCUCUGACAGACAGAUGUUACAUUACCCUCACCCAGUCUUUGCAUUUGACCAUGAGUGGGGCUCCAGCAGGACCUGCAGGCACUGGCAAAACUGAGACUACCAAAGACCUGGGUCGAGCAUUGGGUAUCAUGGUAUAUGUGUUUAACUGUUCUGAGCAAAUGGACUACAAGUCUUGUGGCAAUAUCUACAAAGGCCUUUCUCAGACUGGUGCCUGGGGCUGUUUUGAUGAAUUUAACAGAAUUUCUGUGGAGGUUCUUUCCGUGGUGGCAGUACAGGUGAAAAGUAUUCAAGAUGCAAUCAGAGAUAAGAAGCUGAAUUUCAAUUUCCUUGGAGAGGAGAUUAAAUUGAAUCCCUCAGUGGGAAUCUUCAUCACUAUGAACCCAGGAUAUGCUGGCCGUACAGAGCUUCCAGAGAACCUUAAGGCUCUCUUCAGGCCUUGUGCUAUGGUGGUACCAGAUUUUGAAUUGAUCUGUGAAAUCAUGUUGGUUGCUGAAGGAUUCAUCGAGGCACAAUCAUUGGCCAAAAAAUUCAUUACCCUUUAUCAGCUUUGCAAAGAGCUCCUCUCCAAACAGGACCAUUAUGACUGGGGUCUGCGAGCUAUCAAGUCUGUGCUUGUGGUAGCAGGAUCUCUGAAGAGAGGAGACCCUGACCGACCUGAAGACCAAGUCCUAAUGCGUUCCCUCAGAGACUUCAAUAUUCCCAAAAUCACAACUGAUGACAUGCCUGUGUUUAUAGGCCUAAUUGGAGACCUUUUCCCUGCCCUUGACAUCCCCAGAAAGAGAGACCUUCACUUUGAAAGUUUUGUAAAACAGGCAAUAUUAGAGCUAAAACUUCAGGCUGAGGACAACUUUAUGCUCAAAGUGGUACAGCUAGAAGAACUUUUGGCUGUGCGACACUCUGUGUUUGUGGUGGGGAAUGCUGGUACAGGAAAAUCCCAGGUACUAAGAUCUUUGCAAAAGACAUACCAGAACAUGAAACGACGACCAGUCUGGACUGAUCUCAACCCCAAAGCUGUCACUAAUGAUGAACUAUUUGGCAUCAUCAACCCAGCCACAAGAGAAUGGAAAGAUGGACUUUUCUCAUCAAUCUUGCGUGAACUUGCCAAUAUAAUACAUGAUGGGCCCAAGUGGAUUUUACUAGAUGGCGAUAUUGAUCCAAUGUGGAUUGAAUCUUUGAACACUGUCAUGGAUGAUAACAAGGUUCUGACUCUGGCAAGCAAUGAAAGAAUCUCUCUCAAUCCAACUAUGCGGCUCCUGUUUGAGAUCAACCACUUGCACACAGCUACCCCUGCCACAGUCUCCAGAGCAGGAAUACUAUACAUCAAUCCUGCAGACCUGGGUUGGAAUCCACCAGUGAGUAGUUGGAUUGACAAGAGAGAGAUACAGUCUGAACGAGCUAACCUGACCAUCCUAUUUGACAAAUAUUUGCCACCUUGCCUGGAUGUAGUCAAAACAAGAUUUAAAAAGAUUGUUCCAAUACCAGAGCAGAGCAUGAUUCAAAUGCUGUGUUACAUUCUUGAGUGUCUUCUAACAAAGGAAAACAGUCCCCCAGACUCUCCCAAGGAACUUCAUGAACUUUAUUUUGUGUUUGCUUCUAUCUGGGCUUUUGGUGGAGUAUUGAUCCAAGACCAGCUUGUGGAUUACAGAGCAGAGUUCAGUAAAUGGUGGAUAACUGAAUUCAAGACAAUCAAGUUUCCUUCCCAAGGAACAAUCUUUGACUUUUACAUAGAACCAGAAACAAAGAAAUUUGAGCCGUGGUCCAAACUUAUCCCCAAAUUUGAAUUUGACCCAGACCUACCUUUGCAGACUUGCCUGGUACACACUGUUGAGACCAUUCGUGUGUGCUAUUUCAUGGAGCAGCUCCUGAAACACCGGAGACCUAUCAUGUUGGUGGGGAAUGCAGGCACUGGGAAAUCUGUUCUGGUAGGGGCAAAAUUGGCUACCCUGGAUGCAGAUGAAUACAUGGUGAAGAAUAUCCCAUUUAAUUAUUAUACUACAUCUGCAAUGCUACAAGCUGUCCUAGAGAAACCUCUAGAAAAGAAAGCUGGAAGAAAUUAUGGCCCACCUGGCACCAAGAAACUCAUCUAUUUCAUUGAUGAUAUGAACAUGCCUGAGGUAGAUGCAUAUGGAACAGUGCAACCCCACACACUCAUCAGACAGCAUAUGGACUAUGGGCACUGGUAUGACAGAAAUAAACUGUUCCUCAAAGAAAUCAUGAAUGUACAAUAUGUGGCCUGUAUGAAUCCGACAGCUGGUGGCUUCUCUAUCAAUCCUCGGCUACAGCGUCAUUUUAGCAUCUUUGUGCUCUCCUUCCCUGGAGUAGAUGCAUUGUAUUCAAUCUAUAGCACCAUCUUGACUCAGCAUCUAAAACUUGGUAACUUUCCAGCAUCACUGCUGAAUUCCACCCCCCGACUCAUUAACUUGGCCAUUACCUUCCAUCAGAAGAUUGCUGCCACUUUUCUCCCCACAGCAAUAAAAUUCCAUUAUAUCUUCAAUCUCCGAGAUUUCUCCAACAUUUUCCAAGGCAUUCUCUUUUCAACAGUGGAAAGUGUUAAAACCACAUCAGACCUUGUGAAGCUCUAUCUUCAUGAGUCCAAUCGGGUUUAUCGCGAUAAGAUGGUUGAAGACAAUGACUUUGACAACUUUGAUAAAAUCCAAAUUGAAGUGGUAAAUAAUUUCUUUGAUGAUAUGGACAAGACUCUAGAGGAAAUCAAGAGAUUGAAUAUGUACUGCCACUUUGCAAAUGGUAUUGGUGAGCCCAAAUAUAUGCCAGUGAAGACAUGGGAACUGCUUACCCAAAUCCUGGUGGAAGCCUUAGAGAACCACAAUGAAGUCAAUCAAGUGAUGAAUCUGGUUCUUUUUGAGGAUGCCAUGUGCCAUGUUUGUCGUAUCAAUCGCAUCCUAGAAUCCCCAAGGGGGAAUGCUUUGCUGGUUGGAGUAGGUGGAAGUGGCAAACAGAGCCUGACAAGACUUGCAGCUUUUAUCAGCUCCAUGGAUGUUUUCCAGAUCACUCUAAGAAAAGGUUAUUGUAUUUCUGAUCUUAAGAUGGAUUUAGCCAAUCAGUGCCUAAAAGCUGGAGUAAAGAAUGUAAGCACUGUAUUUCUCAUGACAGAUGCCCAAGUUGCUGAUGAAAAGUUCCUUGUCCUUAUCAAUGAUCUGUUGGCAUCUGGAGAGAUUCCAGAUCUAUACUCUGAUGAUGAAGUUGAAAACAUCAUAAACAAUAUGAGAAAUGAAGUCAAGAGCCUGGGUUUGUUUGACAGCAGGGAAACUUGCUGGAAAGUCUUCAUAGAAAGGGUCCAAAAACAAUUAAAGGUUAUACUCUGCUUCUCCCCUGUGGGGAAUAAGCUAAGAGUCCGCAGCAGGAAAUUUCCAGCCAUUGUGAACUGCACAGCCAUUGAUUGGUUUCAUGAGUGGCCUCAGCAAGCACUAGAAUCAGUGAGCCUGCGCUUCUUACAAAACAUAGAGAAUAUUGAUCCAGCAGUAAAAGAGUCAAUUAGUAAAUUCAUGGCUUAUGUACACACGAGUGUCAACCAAAUGUCCCAGUCCUACCUGAGCAAUGAACGGCGCUAUAAUUACACCACCCCAAAAUCCUUCCUGGAACAGAUCAGACUCUAUCAGAACCUACUGGUCAAGAAUGGCAAUGAGCUGACAUCUAAAAUGAAGAGGCUUAAGAAUGGACUGCAGAAGCUUCACAGUACAUCUUCCCAGGUAGAUGACCUGAAAGCUAAACUGGCACUCCAGGAAAUAGAGCUCAGGCAGAAGAAUGAAGAUGCAGACAAACUAAUUCAAGUGGUUGGAGUAGAGACAGAGAAAGUAAGCAAAGAGAAAGCCAUUGCUGAUGAAGAGGAACAUAAAGUGGCUCUAAUCAUGUUGGAGGUCAAGCAGAAGCAAAAGGACUGUGAGGAAGAUCUGGCCAAAGCAGAGCCAUCUCUCACAGCAGCCCAAGAAGCUCUCAACACACUCAAUAAGACCAACCUAACAGAGCUCAAGUCUUUUGGUUCACCACCUUUGGCUGUCAGCAAUGUCACUGCUGCAGUAAUGGUUCUCAUGGCCCCUGGAGGGAAGGUACCCAGAGAUCGAAGUUGGAAAGCUGCCAAGGCUACCAUGGCCCGAGUUGAUGGCUUUCUGGACGCCCUGGUCAACUUUAACAAAGAGAACAUACCUGAGAGCUGCCUCAAAGCUAUCCAACCAUAUAUUCAAGAUCCAGAAUUUAAACCUGAGUUUGUGGCCUCUAAGUCUUUUGCAGCAGCUGGCCUCUGUUCCUGGGUCAUAAAUAUUGUGAGGUUUUAUGAGGUUUUCUGUGAUGUGGAACCCAAGCGGCAAGCCCUGAGUAAAGCAAGUUUGGAUCUUGCUAUUGCCCAAGAAAAAUUGGCAACCAUUAAAAUCAAGAUUGCUCACCUUAAUGAAAACUUGGCAAAACUUACAACCAAAUUUGAGAAAGCAACUGCAGAAAAACUCAAAUGUCAGCAAGAAGCUGAACUGACCACAGGUACCAUCUCACUUGCAAAUCGCCUGGUUGGAGGUCUUGCCUCUGAAAAUGUAAGAUGGGCAGAAGCUAUUAAGGACUUCAGACAGCAAGAGAAUACAUUGUGUGGAGAUAUUUUACUGAUUACAGCUUUCAUUUCUUACCUGGGAUACUUUACCAAGAAAUAUCGUCAAAAUCUUAUGGAUUGUAGCUGGAGACCUUACCUGAAUCAGUUAAAAGUGCCUUUUCCAGUCACCCCUACUUUAGAUCCUCUAAAGAUGCUUACUGAUGAUGUAGACAUAGCCACCUGGCAAAAUGAGGGUCUUCCUGCUGACCGUGUGUCCACAGAGAAUGCUACAAUCCUUAUCAACAGUGAACGAUGGCCACUUAUAGUUGACCCUCAACUACAAGGAGUCAAAUGGAUUAAGAAGAAAUAUGGCAAAGACCUUCGAGUCAUCCAGAUUGGAGAGAAAGGAUACCUUGAUAUCAUAGAACAUGCCCUAGCAGAUGGUGAUGUAGUGCUGAUUGAAAACAUAGGAGAGACAGUGGACCCUGUUCUAGGACCCUUGUUGGGAAGAGAAGUAAUUAAAAAAGGAAGAUUCAUUAAAAUUGGAGACAAGGAGUGUGAAUAUAAUCCCAGGUUCCGCCUCAUUCUUCACACCAAGCUUGCCAAUCCUCACUAUCAGCCUGAGCUCCAAGCCCAGGCAACGCUUAUCAACUUCACUGUGACUAGAGAUGGCUUAGAGGAUCAGCUUCUGGCAGCAGUGGUCAACAUGGAGAGGCCAGACUUAGAAGAACUGAGAUCAGAUCUGACAAAGCAACAGAAUGCAUUCAAGAUCACACUGAAAACCUUGGAAGACAACUUGCUGUCUUGCCUCUCCUCCGCAUCUGGGAACUUCCUGGGAGAUAUGGCUUUAGUAGAAAACUUAGAGAUCACCAAAAAGACAGCUACAGAAAUUCAGAAGAAGGUCCAGGAAGCCAAGAUAACAGAAAUAAAAAUUAAUGAUGCCAGAGAGCAUUACCGGCCAGUGGCAGCACGUGCGUCUUUGCUGUACUUCAUCAUGAAUGACCUCAGUAAAAUCCAUCCCAUGUAUCAGUUUUCUCUCAAGGCUUUCAGCCUUGUCUUCCAAAAGGCUAUACAGAAGACCAAGGCAGAUGCUGAUGAGAACCUCCAACAGAGAGUAGUCAGUUUGAUUGACAACAUCACCUUCUCUGUAUAUCAGUAUACUACUAGGGGACUUUUUGAAUGUGAUAAGCUGACUUACAUCACCCAGGUCACCUUUCAGACACUCAUGAUGAAUCAGGAAAUCAAUGCUGCUGAAUUGGACUUCCUUCUCCGGUACCCAGCACAGUCCAAUGUUCUGAGCCCUGUGGAUUUCCUUUCCAACCAAUCCUGGGGAGGUAUCAAGACUCUUUCAUUAAUGGAAGAAUUUUGUAAUCUGGAUCGAGACAUUGAAGGGUCUGCCAAACAUUGGAAAAAAUUUGUGGACUCAGAGUGUCCUGAAAAGGAGAAAUUCCCCCAAGCAUGGAAAAACAAGUCAUCUCUACAAAAACUGUGUAUGAUGAGGGCAAUGAGACCUGACCGAAUGACAUAUGCUAUGAGAGAUUUUGUGGAAGAAAAGCUAGGAAGCAAAUAUGUGGUGGGCAGAGCAUUAGAUCUCUCUACCUCUUUAGAAGAAUCAGGGUCUGCAACUCCCAUGUUCUUCAUACUGUCGCCAGGUGUUGACCCACUGAAAGAUGUGGAGAAGGAAGGGAAGAAACUUGGUUAUACCUUCAACAACCAGAACUUCCAUAAUGUGUCCUUGGGUCAAGGACAAGAGGUAGUAGCAGAGGCUGCAUUGGAUCUGGCUGCCAAGAAUGGCCACUGGGUUAUCUUACAGAACAUCCAUCUGGUAGCCAAAUGGCUUGGAUCCCUUGAGAAGAAGUUGGAACAACAUAGCAAGAGCAGUCAUCAUGAGUUCAGAGUCUUCAUGAGUGCUGAGCCUGCAGCUUCUCCUGAUGGUCACAUCAUUCCCCAAGGCAUCCUAGAAAAUUCAAUAAAGAUCACUAAUGAGCCUCCCAUGGGCAUGCAUGCCAAACUGCACAAGGCCCUGGACAACUUCACUCAGAAUACUCUGGAAAUGUGUACCCGAGAAACAGAGUUUAAGAGUAUUUUAUUUGCACUUUGUUACUUCCACGCUGUUGUAGCAGAAAGGCACAAAUUUGGACCUCAAGGCUGGAAUCGCACUUACCCUUUUAACACUGGAGACCUUACCAUCUCAGUGAAUGUGCUCUAUAACUUUCUUGAGGCCAAUGCCAAGGUACCCUAUGAUGACUUGCGCUAUCUCUUUGGUGAGAUCAUGUAUGGAGGUCACAUCACAGAUAACUGGGACAGGAGGCUUUGUAGAACAUACCUGGAGGAAUUCAUUAAGCCAGAAAUGUUAGAAGGAGAAAUGUUUCUGGCUCCAGGGUUCCCGAUGCCAGGCAAUAUGGAUUACAACAGUUAUCACCAGUUCAUUGAUGACAUGCUGCCAACAGAGUCACCAUAUUUGUAUGGGCUUCACCCCAAUGCUGAAAUUGGCUUUCUGACCCACACCGCAGAAAAGCUCUUCCAUACAGUGCUAGAAAUGCAGCCUCGGGACAGCCAAGAUGGAGAUGGAGGAGGGAUCACAAGAGAAGAAAAGGUAAAAGCCUUUCUGGAUGAAAUAUUAGAGAAGAUAACUGAAGAGUUUAACAUUGCAGAGUUGAUGGCUAGGGUAGAAGAACGUACCCCCUACGUUGUGGUUACCUUUCAAGAAUGUGAAAGAAUGAACCUCCUUAUCAGAGAAAUACAGCACUCGUUGAAAGAACUGGAUCUGAGUCUGAAGGGUGAGCUAACAAUGACCAGCAACAUGGAGAGCUUACAGAGAGCUCUGUACCUAGAUACUGUACCAGCGUCGUGGGCCAAGAAAGCAUACCCAUCAACAGCAGGCCUGGCAAGCUGGAUUGUGGAUCUGCUCACCCGAAUUAAAGAGCUGGAAAGAUGGAUGGGAGACUUUGCAUUACCCUCUGCUGUCUGGCUAGCAGGAUUUUUUAACCCCCAAUCAUUCCUAACGGCCAUCAUGCAGUCCAUGGCUCAUAAGAAUAAGUGGCCACUGGAUAAGAUAGCCCUGCAGUGUGAAGUGACUAAGAAGAAUCGGGAAGAUUUCAGUAGCCCACCUCGGGAAGGGGCCUAUAUCUAUGGUCUGUUCAUGGAAGGGGCCUGUUGGGAUACACAGGCUGGAAAUAUCACAGAGGCUAGACUGAAGGAUCUGACUCCACUCAUGCCUGUGAUAUUCAUCAAAGCUGUCCCUGUGGACAAGCAAGACAAUCGAAAUAUCUAUCCUUGUCCAGUAUACAAGACUUGUCAGCGGGGACCCACUUAUAUUUGGACAUUUGGUCUGAAAACUAAAGAAGCUCCAUCCAAAUGGGUAUUAGCUGGUGUGGCCUUGCUUUUGCAGAUUUAGUUUCUGUGAGAAGCUCUUGAAGGCAAUGAGGCCUGUGUUGCAAAUUUCCUAAGGGAAACUAUGCUGAUUAGGUAGUUGCUUUGGUCAAUAAGCUAAGAUAAGAAAGGGAAACAAAUGUUUAAAAUGGAUGUAAGGAUAGAUUUUUGUAACCUCAACUGCUAAAGUGAAAGCAUUUUCCCUUAGCUGAGGAAAAGUUAAGCACUGUCCUUAGAUCAGGGGUCAGAAAGAUGCCCUUAAAGUUAGAAGAAUAAGGCUUCAGACCAUUAUUCACCCACAUUUAAUGUUCAAAUCUUUGUCUCCAGAGCACUAUUAUUCUCGUUUUAUUCUCUACUCCUUGAACUCCUUAGAGAUUUCUGUUUAGGCUGGGUGGGUAAUAUGAGUAAAUCUAGAAGCGAAUUAAGGAAAAGAUCCUUUUCUCUGAAAAUAAUUGCCUUUUACUUCCCUCUAAGUAUUCCAGAAUCCCUGAGAAACUCCCCAAAGUCAGUAAUGUGAGCAAAAACAGAUUGGGAAGGGGUUACAGGAAAGGGGGAGGACUUCAAUACAAUGUAAUUUUCCUAAUAUCUUAUUUGACUACAUAGAGCAAUAGGGACUAACAAUGAGUGUUUAUUGAGCAAGCACUCUCCCUGGUAUCAUAGGAGUUAGAAGAGAAGUAGAAAAAUGUGAUUCUUCAACAUAACUAAAUGGAACAUGAGGAAAACUGCCUUUGGAGAGGGAAACUAGUCUAGGGGCAACCUUCGCAAAAGCGGUUUUCCUUUUGGGUUUACCACUUAUAUACAAAAAAAAUUUUCACCUCCUACUUCCCUACAAAAAAAUACUUUUAAUCUAUAAAUUCUGCUGAACUGACUGUACAUACUGUUUCCCUCUCAUCCCCCUUAUCAGAUGCCUAGUUCCUUCCCUCAUUCUCCAUCUACUGACAGUUUUCCUUAUCCUAAAGGAUCCACUCCCACUUGAAUAGAGGGAACUCCUGAGUCUUGCAUUUCUUCAGCUUUUCCCACCUUUGCUUUGGUAAAGUAGAAUACCUUGACACCCUUUCAUCACUUUAAACUGCACAUGAAAGUUUGUAGGUUCACCUAUGUACCUAAAAGUGCCACUACUAUUCAUGUGAGCUCAGAGGGAUGAGGCAGAGAAAGAAUGAGGGUAUGAGAUGAUAGAUAAAUCCAUGUAAAAUGAUUUUGGUUAAUUAUGUGACUUAUCAGAUUCAAGUGAACACAAGAAACAACACUGGGAGGUGAGUUGGGGAAUGACUCUUUUCUGACAAGCAAGUCUAGAGCCACAUUAUCUAUGUUUAGGCUGAUAAAAUGGACUAUAGAACCUCCCCUUUAAUCCAAUCAGAAGGAAUGGUUUCCAAAAUUAGGCAUAUCCAUCAAUGGGUAUAAUUCCUUCUAUGUUAUUUCUCUAUAACAUGGAUUUUUUUAAAUGGACUAUUAAAUGGGAUUUCUCUACGUUUUGGUUAUUUAAAAGAUUUUUCUCCUGUGUGGGAUCUUUGAUGUUUAUCAAGGCUUGAGCUCCAGCUGAAGCAUUUCCCACAGCAAGAGCACUUAAAAGGUUUCUCUCCUGUGUGAACCCUCUGAUGUCUCUUAAAGUUUGACCCCUGAAUAAAACUUUUCCCACAAAUA